AUGCGUUUACCCAAGACGUACUUGAUGGCAUUCAUCGCCACAGUCGGUGGAAUGCUGCUUGGCUUCGACAUCUCGUCUAUGUCGGCCAUUAUUGGGACAAGCCAGUACCUCGACUACUUUGAUAACCCAGGUCUACGCCAGGGGGCGAUUGGGUCUUCACUUGCUGCAGGCUCAGUGGUUGGUUCUGCUAUCGCCGGACCCUUUUCAGACAGAAUUGGCCGUCGUGAUAAUUUGACAAUAUCCCUCCUCUCAUGUGAACUGAAUGAUAUAAUUGGCUUCCGCCGCCUCCUAAUAUGA